ACAAUAUCUUCUUCUUCUUGAGCGUAUAAAACUUCACCAUCUUGAAGGACUGUAUUGAUCAGUUAUUAUCGGAUCUGUUACAGUCAGCAACUCUACUUCUACUACUUACUGCGUUGAUCGACGACGUCAUCCGCCCGGCCUCCUCGGCGGCCAAAAAACACCUCGGCGAAGACAUAACAAUAUCGCAUCUUCUUCUUACAUCUUGCCAGUCAUUAUGGGAGUUAUUUUCCCGCGGCGAGAUUGUUACGGGUCUGGCUGGACCGACAGUUUACACUGCGGCGAUAGGAAUACCUGGUAUGACUGGGGUCGUUGGGUUGCUUUUGCUGUCAUUGUUGCUGCAGCUUUGAUCAUCUUCUUUCUUCUGGCAUGCGUCAACGCCCGUCGCCGUCGCCGGCGUGGUCUCCCGCCGCACGUUGGCACCAGCUGGAUGGCUCCGCCGCCUGGUCCUCCUCCCCCCAAUCAGCCUUAUUAUGGGGAUGUGUAUUAUCCGUCGCAGCCGCCUCCGCAGUAUUCGCCGCCGAAUCCGCAAACAUACGGGUACUUUGGCGGGCAACCGAAUGGGAUUGAACUGCAGCCACCACCGAAUGCAUACCAGCAGCCCGGGCCUGGACAGCCGGCCUAUCCGCCUCCACCAGGUCCUCCACCGGCUGGAAAGACAUGAAGAUACGAGUAUGCAGAUUAAACGAACGGCAGCAUUAUUAGUCCAUGGAUCGACCGGAACCAGGCGUUAAGAGGGAUUCUUAUUUUUUUUUUGUUUCAAUAUAUGCAGGAGAUCUUCAGCUAGUAUUUUGUUUCAUUGUCUUUUUUGUCUUUCAUGUAUACCAAGCGCUGCAUGAUCUACUGUAAUGAUGGCCAGGGCUUGUCUCGGAGUCGAGACUGUACCCUGUACCAAUGAGAAUACCAAAUUCGCAUC